AGCAGGUAAAAAAUUAAUCAUUAUUGUUUGAAAUUUGAAGAGAAAAAGAACGAUUUUCAUAAAAAUGUUGAAAUUACACAGUUUCACAAUUUUACUUCUAUUGAGCUUAACUUUUAUUUUGGUUUCGUCACGUCCAAAUGAACCAUCAGAUAGUUUAGAAGUUACUGAUGACGAAUGGGAAAAUUAUAAAAAAGAAUUUGGAAAACAAUAUGAGGCUGAAGAAGACGCUGAAAGACGUAAAAUUUAUACGGAAACUAAAAAACAUAUUAUAGAGCAUAACAAGAAAUUUGAUGCUGGCGAAGUAUCAUAUUCGCAAGGAUUUAAUCAAUUCGCAGACAGAAAACCCGAUGAAGUUCCACGCGGUUUAAAGAAACAACAUGAUUAAGAUUGUCUUAAAAAUAUUUGUUAAAUGAAACACUUUUCAUAUUUAAAGACAAUAUUAAAAAAAUGUUCAAUACAAUCAAUGUGAUAAAAAUUACUAAUAAAAUUUAUAAAAGUUUAUGCAUAAUAUGCAAUUAUAUUGAAACUAAAAAAAUAACAUAAAUGUAUUAUGAAAAAAUGGUAUUUAUUAAUUUAUCGGAAUUUAGUCAGAUAACUUCAUCACAGUGAAAUUUCAAUAUAACGAACCAUCUAAAUUCAAAUAUUGAGUUCGUAUAAUAAAGAAAAGCUCGCUUAAUAUAAAAUUAAUAAAA